AUGGAUCAGUCCAGCAGCGCCUCGACAGGCGCAUCCGAGGCCGGCGAUGUCGUGCCCCAGACCCUCCACUCUCACCACAAGGCCGACAAGAAGCGUCGCCGGCACCGGGCCAGGGACGAGGCCUCGCCCGAACUCAAUGGCCACGCCCGGCAAAGCAAGCGCCGCAACAGCUUGAGCAAGGCUGCCCGUGACCCUCGCGACGAGCCCGAGGGCAAGAAGACAAAGAAGCGCAAGACCACAGCAGCACCCGCCGUCACCACCACAGAGAGCGGCACCCUCACAAGGUCCCCCAGCCCACUCAUCGAUUUCGACGGACUCAGCCGGCCCAGCCGAGGAACCCGGGAACGGCUCGAAGAGAGCCCCGAACAGGCCGCCGAGCGGCUCGAGAAGAUGCGUGCUGCGGUCAGGACGAUCCUGGAGUGUGUUGGGGAGGAUCCCGACCGGGAGGGCGUGCUUGACACCCCAACGAGAUACGCCAAGGCCAUGCUCUUCUUCACCAAGGGCUACCAACAGAAUGUGAAGGACAUUGUCAACGACGCCAUAUUCCACGAAGGACACAACGAGAUGGUGAUUGUCAAAGACAUUGAGAUCUUCAGUCUCUGCGAGCACCACCUGGUGCCGUUCAAUGGCAAGAUGCACAUCGGAUACAUUCCCCGCGACAACGUCAUUGGUAUCUCGAAGCUGCCUCGAAUUGCCGAAAUGUUUAGCCGACGUCUGCAGGUCCAAGAGCGCCUGACGCGAGAGGUUGCCAAUGCCAUCAUGGAAGUCCUCAAGCCUCAAGGUGUUGCUGUGGUCAUGGAAUCGAGCCAUCUGUGCAUGGUGAUGCGCGGUGUUGAGAAGACGACAACGAGCACCCUGACGAGCUGCGUCUUGGGCUGCUUCGAGAAGAAGGAGAAGACGAGGAACGAGUUCUUCAGUCUUGUCGGGUUGACAAGGAGAUGA